UCUGUGAUGCCAUAGAGACCAUAGACAGUUGGACAUCUGCUUGAACGCGCGAAAUCCAUUCGAAAUUUAAUUUGAAAAUAGUGCUGUGAAUAUUUUGUGACAAUCAAAUAGUGGUUACUUUUAUUUUUUAAAUCGACAUAAUGUGGCGAACUGUGUUGGGUUUUUCAUUUUUCUUCUACACCAUCGUCUCGCAUGUCACCACGGCGCCAAUGUAUUAUCAAAAUCAAAACACACGAGGUCCAAGUUAUACGAUAUCGAAUGGACCCGAAGGUCCACACAAGCCGUACAUAGAGGUCCGCAACUCGACGUACCAUGGCAGCGGACCGCGGGAGGAGGCGCGCGCCAUGUGUUCCGUGAGGACGCAGGAAGUCAACGCCACUGCCAAUGCUACCAUCACUAGGAGGCUGCAUGGAGUCGUUACUUCUCGAGAACUCCACAACUCGAUUCAACGUCUGGAGGUGAUAAUCUAUGGACAGAUGCAGCAACUAUGGCAGAGCUUGGACGCGUUGCGCACGCAACUCUCAGGCAACAUGCGGUCCAGUAACAUCAUGUUCCCGCCUAGGAACACCGUGUCUUUCAGAUACCAACCUCGUGCACUGUGAUCUUAGAGUAGCAAACCUUUGAUAUUUACAAAGAAGGGUACAAGGGAAUAUGAACAGUAUGACUUUGGUUUUCAUUACUUGACGUCUAGAACUCAUUUGUGAAGUUGUUUUGCAAUAUGGGUUAGAAUCGUUUGAUAUAAAUUUUUGUUAAGAUGUAAUUACGCCACAUGCAUAUUAUUCUCUGUACCUUGAUAGUUUCGAUAUUAUUGUCUGUUCCGAUCGUGAAGAACCGAAAUCUCUGAAGUCAAUGCACUUAGGGAUAUUCGCAAGGUCGUCACAAAUCUAAUUAGAGGGCCACUAAUAAAAUUAUAACGAUUAAUACGAACAUUUGUCGAAAAAUACUGCGUUACUAUUAUUCCACCGAAGUAUAAUGUAGAUAGAUGUAAGAAUGACUACUAUGUAUGAUUUCAUAUUUUAGGUAUGUAAAGUUAAGGUUGAUAUUUCCACAAUAUUGUUAUUCAUGAUUGCAUGUU